GGUGCUUUCGUGGUCUCCAGAGGGUUAAAUUAUCGAAGUUUGUUUUGUCAUACUGCCACCAUGCUUUUAUUUUGACAGUAUCUUGAUAUUAGUGCUUCCGGCAGUCUCGUGCAGCAGCAGCUGUCUUCGCCCGCUCGGCUCGGACCUCCGGCUGGUUUUUCUCCUCCGUCACUGUCGUCCGGGGCACCGGCCCGGUGUCCGACCAGCCACCGCUGCUGAGAAACGUUUGAGAAAUGUGUCACCCGUGUGCGGCGGAGGCGAGAGACACCAUCUUUAACAAAACAGAUAAACCAUCAUGAUUCCCAUCACAGAGCUCCGGUACUUUGCUGACACCCAGCCAGCGUACCGUAUCCUGAAGCCAUGGUGGGACGUUUUCACCGACUACAUCUCGAUCGUCAUGCUGAUGAUCGCGGUGUUCGGUGGUACGCUGCAGGUCACGCAGGACAAGAUGAUCUGCCUGCCUUGCAAGUGGGUGGUCAACAAGACCUGCGAGACCAUGCCCGUCCCAAAUGUCAGCACCGCCUAUGCACCGGAACCCAAAGGCAUUCAGUAUGACCUCGACCGUCAUCAGUAUAACUACGUCGAUGCUGUCUGCUACGAGAACAAACUGCACUGGUUUGCCAAAUAUUUCCCCUAUCUGGUGCUACUCCACACCCUUAUCUUCCUGGCCUGCAGCAAUUUCUGGUUCAAAUUUCCCCGCACAAGCUCCAAACUGGAGCACUUUGUCUCCAUCCUCCUCAAGUGCUUUGACUCCCCGUGGACAACAAGGGCUUUGUCUGAGACCGUGGUGGAGGAGAGCGACUCCAAGCCUGUGGGGAAAAUGAACGGUUCGAUGGAUAAAAAGGCUUCAUGUGUGAGUGAGGACGUUGAGGCAAGCGUGCCCAUGCUCCAACGAACAAAGUCCAGAAUUGAACAAGGGAUUGUGGACCGCUCUGAAACUGGGGUUUUAGAUAAAAAAGAAGGGGAGCAGGCCAAGGCUCUAUUUGAGAAGGUGAAGAAGUUCAGGAUCCAUGUAGAGGAGGGUGAUAUAGUGUAUCGUCUUUAUAUACGUCAGACCAUCAUCAAAGUAAUCAAGUUUAUACUGAUAAUUAGCUACACAGCCUACUAUGUGCGCUACAUCAGAUUCAGCGUAGUGUGCACAGUGAACAUUCAGAAACUAACAGGGUACAGCACGUUCUACUGUGCACACCCCUUAGCAACUCUUUUUAAGAUUUUGGCCUGUUUCUACAUCAGCUUAGUGGUGGUUUAUGGGCUUAUCUGCAUGUACACUCUUUGUUGGAUGGUCAGCCGCUCCCUCAAACGAUAUUCCUUUGAAUCAAUCCGUGAGGAAAGCAGCUAUAGUGACAUCCCUGACCUGAAGAACGACUUUGCUUUCAUGCUUCAUAUGAUAGAUCAGUAUGACCCGCUCUACUCCAAGCGGUUUGCUGUGUUUCUCUCAGAGGUGAGCGAGAACAAGCUGAGGCAGCUGAACCUGAACAAUGAGUGGACGUUGGACAAGCUGAGGCAGCGCAUCACCAAGAACUCGCAGGAAAAGCUGGAGCUGCAUCUGUUCAUGCUCAGCGGAAUCCCAGAGACUGUGUUUGAUCUGGUUGAGCUUGAAGUGCUCAAGCUAGAGCUAAUCCCCGAUGUAACUAUCCCGCCGAUCAUCGCCCAGCUCUCCAACCUGAGGGAGAUGUGGCUCUAUCACACACCAGCUAAAAUUGAGGCUCCAGCUCUCGCUUUCCUGAGAGAGAACCUCAAGUCUCUUCACAUCAAGUUCACAGACAUCAAGGAGAUCCCUUUAUGGAUCUACAGCCUGAAGAACCUCAGUGAGCUCCACCUAACUGGGAACCUGAGUGCUGAGAACAAUCGUUACAUCGUGAUUGAUGGGCUUCGGGAGCUUAAACGACUCAAAGUUCUUCGCCUGAAAAGCAACCUGACCAAGCUGCCGCAGGUGGUGACGGAUGUAGGCGUGCACCUCCAGAAGCUCUCCAUUAAUAACGAGGGUACCAAGCUGAUGGUGCUCAACAGCCUGAAGAAAAUGGUCAACCUGACAGAGCUUGAGCUCGUUCGCUGCGACCUCGAACGCAUUCCACACUCCAUCUUUAGUUUGCACAACCUGCAAGAGAUCGACCUGAAGGACAACAACCUGAAGACAAUAGAGGAGAUCAUCAGCUUCCAGCACCUGCACCGGCUCGUGUGCCUAAAGCUGUGGUACAACCAGAUCGCCUACAUCCCCAUUCAGAUCGGAACCCUCACCAACAUGGAGAGGCUGUAUCUGAACAGAAACAAGAUUGAGAAAAUCCCCAGUCAGCUCUUCUUCUGUCGCAAGCUGCGCUUCUUAGACCUGAGUCACAACAAUCUGACCAGCAUCCACGCUGAUGUCGGCUUCCUCCACAACCUGCAGUACUUCGCUGUGACGGCUAACAGGAUCGAGACUUUGCCCCCAGAGCUGUUCAAGUGCAAGAAGCUGCGUACUCUGAAUCUGGGAAACAACUGCCUGCAGACGCUGCCCUCACGCUUCGGGGAACUCACCGGCUUGACGCAGCUCGAGCUGAGAGGGAACCGUCUAGAGUGUCUCCCGGUGGAGCUGGGUGAGUGUCGGCUGUUGAAGAGGAGCGGGCUGGUGGUGGAGGAGGACCUGUUCAACACGCUGCCAUCAGAGGUCAAAGAGCAGCUUUGGAGGGCCGAUAAGGAGCAAGCUUGAGCCAAGUUUGAUUUAAGAAAAAAUUGUGCUGUGAUUUUUGUUUGUAAAGGCAGGCAAACCUUGAGAAGUUUGCAGCAGUGUCAGGCAUCAGAAAAGUGAUGGCUUACAUGGUGGGUGCUUGGGGCUUCCCUCGCAGGACCUUAAAAAAGCAAGGGAUGUCAAAUUCCAAGACCUCCAAUGAUGUCUUUUUAAAAAUCACUUUUAGGAAAAAAUGUUGUUGAUGAAAGGUGGUUCAGUAAUGUGGCUUUACUGUAAUAUCAUUCUGAAUAUAGAGCUGCAAGGAGGCGAUGUUGAAUAUGCAUGCCACAGUAGGAUCUUGCUAAAGCAAACCUGUUUAUCAAAGAGAGCCGAAAAACUUUGCACGAUUCAGACUUGCCAGUGAGCUAAACUCCUUUGCCGAUCAUGGAAUACAUGCACAAACAUGCUCAAAGCAUCGUUUUACCUGACCUUCCUCUGGCCUUGAGACUCAAAAUUUUACUUUGGGAAUUUUUUAAUAUCACACAUCGGGGUGGUGGCGCUGUGCAGCUCAGAUUACUGGCACAUGUUAGUAAAUAAAUUAGUUUACAGGUGACAGAUAUUUUGUUGAGGCAUGAAGGUUUAGUCCUGUUGUUUUCUUCAGGCUCUCUGUACGCUAGACAUGCUCGGUUGCACCUUUUUAUGUGAACAAAAUGACUGUGGUGAAGAUUGACAGAUCAUCCCACAGCUGAUCUCACAGCUUAGGCCUUAACUCAGAGGACUGAUGGAGAGACAUCAAAGAACACAAACGGGAACAAACUCGACAGUGCAAUGUCUAAAUACCCUGCAGUUGUUAAUUUAUAACUGCCUGCCACAGGGGCAGCCGAUUUUUUUUCUUAGCUGUAUGGGGCCUGCAGUGGAGAAAUACCACAUUGUUCUUGGACUUUUUAUUUUGCUUUUCUAAACAUCAUGUCUUAUUUAGGCAUGUGAAACAAGCUUUAUCUUAUUUUGCAUGACUUAACAUCAAACACAUUACUGGUGCGUGAGAUGUGAGAUAGAUUGUCAAGAAGUUAUUUUGACUUUAAGAUGCAUAAUUUGGUACUUUUAAAUGCUACAACACAUCAUGUCUGGUCCUGUGAAACGGGCUAUAUUGUGAUUGGUUCAACAUUCGAGUAAUCAAAGUAAUCCAGUGAAUGACUAACUGCUGCACAUUCUGCACAGCCAUUGAUUUGUUGUUUUGUUAUUUUAAGCUGUUUAUGAAACGUAUACCUGUAGUCAAAGAUCUUAAGUGACCUUUGCUCAAUUGAAGGCAGAUAUCUGUUGCUUCUCUCAGUAGACUGUAAUAACACGAGGCGUCUCCCUGCUGACAGGAAGUCUGCUCUUCCUGUAUUAAAGCUACAGGGUCGCAAGUUUAGGGAUGCACCAAUUGUGAAAUUCUGAGCCGAUACCAACGUUGGAAAAAAAUAACAAAUUGGCCAGUUGCCAAUACUAGUGUUUUCUUGUUGUUGUGAUUGUUAUUUAUUCUCUUUUGUUGUUAUUUAUUCCCCCUUGUUUUGGUCAGGGAAACAAAGAAAGUUUCAAUAUACCGGUAAUGAAAUUACUUAAAAUAUCUUUGAAUUAGAAAAAAAAUAAAUCAUACAAAUUGGAAACUGUGUUUAAUAAACCCUUCUUUUAAGUGAAAAACAUUAUUUGUAGCCUCGUGCUACAACAACCUAUUCUUACACAGCCCAAAAAAUACAUUAUUUUUGUGAAACAUAAAUGUGAUUCCCUGUACACCUAAAAGCAGUUAGAAACAUAAAUAGGUCUCUUUCACCUCUAAUCUUUUAUUCUGUGAAAAGACAGAGACCCCCAUAUAGCCGAUAUUUCUUUAAGAGGGACAUCCUUUUCCCUUUUAUGUAAUG